CAAGACAUACAAAGAGCCUGCAGCAGCAAUCUUUAUGUGUGAGUUGACAAAAAUCAUAAGGCAAAUCGGUUUAAAAAACAGCAGUUUGUCCCCUUUGCGUCAAAUUAUUUUAUUAAACAGAAUCUAAUGUGCUGGGCAAAUGCCGUCAUGCAACACGUUUUUUUUGUCAGCCGUGAUGCAACUUCUGAAAUGUGUUCUGCCUGUAAACCAUCCAAAAGUAGUUUUUUUGCAUGAAAAGGAAGGAAAUUACAGCAACUUGUGCCCUCAUGUGUCAACCACUCACUUACUUCUUGUUUUCAUACUGCCAGUGAGUUGUCUUACAAAACCUCUCCACUUUGCUCUGGUGGGUGAUGCAACAAUGGCAUUGAGAAAACCAGGAAGUGUGUUUGUGGUCUUUCUCUUGUCAAUGGCAGCAAAUACAGCAACAAAGUGUGGACAACAAAGCCAGGUGAUGGUGCCUCCCACCAACGUAGUGAAGGGACAGGAGGUGACACUGACCUGUAGCAACACCUGUACUCUGAGUGACAACCCCACCUACAUCUGGUACAAGAAUGGACAACGUCUAGAUGAGCCCACUUCCCAACAAUAUCCUAUCCACAUUUACUAUUCAGACAUUUACUCCUGUGCUGUAAAAGGCCAUGAGGAUCUCCUCUCUCCUGCAGUGUGUGUUCUGGGUCAGAACUGUUUCAACGUGACUUACACCCAUCAGAGUAUCUGUGCCUUGAAGGAGUCAACAGUGGAACUGCCCUGCACAUAUCAACAUCCAAGUAAUCAUGUAGUCUCAGAACCAAACUGGUAUAUCCAAGAGAAAUAUAAUGAGACACCUAAAAUCCUGAGCUCGGUGCCAGAGUAUGCAGGUCGUGCUGAGUACCUUGGAACUAAAGAGAAAGACUGCAACCUCAGAAUCACAGACCUGAGAGAGAGAGAUUCAGCUGAGUACAAGUUCAGAUUUAAAACACAGUAUGCAGAAUGGGGGUACAGCUUCCCUGGAACAACUCUGACUGUCACAGACCUGCAGGUGAAGGUGUCUUCCUCCACAGAAGAAAAGAAGCUAACACUGACCUGUAGCACCACCUGUCUUCUGACUGACAACCCCACCUACAUCUGGUACAAGAACGGACAACAUCUCCAUGACCCUACUUCCCAACAAUACUCCUGUAAUACUCUAGUGGUCGGGUGUUACUCUACAGACAGUUACUCCUGUGCUGUAAAAGACCAUGAGGAUUUUCUCACUCCUACAGUGUGUGUUCAUGGUCAGAGCUGUUUGAAUGUGACUUACACCAAGAGGAGUAUCUGUGCCUUGAAGGGGUCAACAGUGGACAUUACCUGCACGUAUAGACAUCCCAGCUGGCAUAACGUCACAGAAGUAUCCUGGUUCAACAAAUGGGAGUCUGGAGUUACUACAGAUCUAAUCCAGGACCCAGAGUAUGCAGGUCGAGUUAAGUAUCAACCAACUACAGACAAAGACUCCACCCUGAGAAUCACAGACCUGAGAGAGAGUGACUCUGCUGAAUAUAAGUUUAGAUUUACAACAACGGAGGUAAAAUGGGGAUACAGCUUCCCUGGAAUAACUCUGAUUGUCACAGACCUGCAGGUGAAGGAGACUCCUGGCACAGAGGAAGAGAAGGUGACACUGACCUGUAGCACCACCUGUACUCUAACUGACAACCCCACCUACAUCUGGUACAAGAACGGACAACUUCUCACCAACCCAAACACCCAAGAUAACUACCUCUACUUAGACCAAAUCAGCAGUGGGGACGCAGGCAGCUACUCCUGUGGUGUUAAAGGCUACGAGAAUCUCCGUUCUCCUGUUACGUUCUUUGGGGAGCCAAAGUCUUUUAAGAAUGCAGUUGUAGGAAUCAUAGUGGUUAUUCUAAGUCUCAUACUCUGUCUCUUUGGGUUCAUGUGGUUCAGGAAGAAGGCCUCCAAAUCCACCUCUGACACAAGAGACAGCAGAGACACAGCAGAGAACAUAGGACAGAGAGACUCUAAUCCAGUGUAUGACAACAUCUCAGGCAUGAACUUGGCCCCUAUUGCAGCACAGAGAGCGAUCACAGACGAGCAGGAUGACAUUACCUACGCCAGCAUCCAACACAGAAACCAGGAAGUGCCUCUUGACUCCACCGUCCCACCGUCUCACCCCCAGAAACAGGACGAGGAUUUCCAGUACACUACUGUGAAAUUCAACAGCCCCAGUGCUGCUCAAUAGACAUUGGGAGGGAUUCAAUCCAAUCAUAGGUUAUAGACAUUGGGAGGGAUUCAAUCCAAUCAUAGGUUAUAGACAUUGGGAGGGAUUCCAUCCAAUCAUAGGUUAUAGACAUUGGGAGGGAUUCCAUCCAAUCAUAGGUUAUAGACAUUGGGAGGGAUUCCAUCCAAUCAUAGGUUACAGACAUUGGGAGGGAUUCCAUCCAAUCAUAGGUUAUAGACAUUGGGAGGGAUUCCAUCCAAUCAUAGGUUAUAGACAUUGGGAGGGAUUCCAUCCAAUCAUAGGUUAUAGACAUUGGGAGGGAUUCCAUCCAAUCAUAGGUUAUAGACAUUGGGAGGGAUUCCAUCCAAUCAUAGGUUAUAGACAUUGGGAGGGAUUCCAUCCAAUCAUAGGUUAUAGACAUUGGGAGGGAUUCCAUCCAAUCAUAGGUUACAGACAUUGGGAGGGAUUCCAUCCAAUCAUAGGUUAUAGACAUUGGGAGGGAUUCCAUCCAAUCAUAGGUUAUAGACAUUGGGAGGGAUUCCAUCCAAUCAUAGGUUAUAGACAUUGGGAGGGAUUCCAUCCAAUCAUAGGUUAUAGACAUUGGGAGGGAUUCCAUCCAAUCAUAGGUUAUAGACAUUGGGAGGGAUUCAAUCCAAUCAUAGGUUAUAGACAUUGGGAGGGAUUCCAUCCAAUCAUAGGUUAUAGACAUUGGGAGGGAUUCCAUCCAAUCAUAGGUUAUAGACAUUGGGAGGGAUUCAAUCCAAUCAUAGGUUAUAGACAUUGGGAGGGAUUCCAUCCAAUCAUAGGUUAUAGACAUUGGGAGGGAUUCCAUCCAAUCAUAGGUUAUAGACAUUGGGAGGGAUUCAAUCCAAUCAUAGGUUAUAGACAUUGGGAGGGAUUCCAUCCAAUCAUAGGUUAUAGACAUUGGGAGGGAUUCAAUCCAAUCAUAGGUUAUAGACAUUGGGAGGGAUUCCAUCCAAUCAUAGGUUAUAGACAUUGGGAGGGAUUCCAUCCAAUCAUAGGUUAUAGACAUUGGGAGGGAUUCAAUCCAAUCAUAGGUUAUAGACAUUGGGAGGGAUUCCAUCCAAUCAUAGGUUACAGACAUUGGGAGGGAUUCCAUCCAAUCAUAGGUUAUAGACAUUGUGGCUUUUAAUGUAAUUCUUUUUUUUAAUGCUUUUGGAAAU